UUAUAGCCAAUCAAUUGAAUUAUUUUAAAAUUUUGAAAUUUUGAAAUUAUUUAAUAAAAUUGUGGAAUUAAGAAAACAUUAAGUGUGAUGAUGAAUUUCUCAGCAUUUGGAGGUCCGUUUUCUGGUAUACACCAGUUUGCCGCUAAGUUUGGACACGACACUCAAACACCAGGUGCUUUCUCAACACCAGGUAUAAAUGGUAAUACGUCUACUGAUAAUCAUGUGCAACGGUAUCAAACAAAUGGAAAUCAUUUUAAUCAAAAUGUACCAAACGUUUCGGCUGCCAACAACACAAUGCAGUACGGGCAAAAUAUAUCAAUACCGUAUUCACAGCCGCAGACUGACUUGAAUUUUCUUAAUUCGACCGAUCAUAAGAAAAUCCAUCCUAAAAUUGAACGAGACAGGGAGGAAGUUUUAAACCAACAAAUUUUGCAAAAUGUCAAUCAAUCAUGGCAAACUUUGGCCAAUACUGCCAACACCGUUGAUUAUUCAUCUCAUUUGCUUUCCGCUACACUGCCAAUUUCCAUACAACACUUCCUCAAGUAUUCCGAAACAAUAAAAAAGGAGUCUACAGGUAUUGUUGGCUCACAAAUCAACUCAGGGAAUUUGAAUUUGGGCAAUUUGGACACUACAACCGGUUUUAAUAUAAAAAACGAUGUACUUAAAAAUAGCGCAAAUUUAAGUCUGGCACUUGGUGGAGUCGCAUUAACUCCAACAAAUAAUAUAAAUGGAAAUCAUCAUAAUGGUAUUAUAGGCAUGGAUCAUGCGCAUUUACCAACUAUACCAGAUCAAAACAAUGGUGCUACAUUGAAUGGCAAUGGCAUUAAUGGUAAUGCUAAUGGUAAUGUAAAUGGAUCUGUGGUGACAAGCACUGCACCAACUGUUAAUGCUACAUCCACUGCUGGCGGUGGUACCACAGCCACAACAACUACUGGCAAAAAAACUAGAAAGAAGAAGCCACCAAAAGAAAAAAAACCUAGACCUAAACCAGGUGAAAUUCGUGAAACGAAAGCAUUAGAUGGUUCUACUUUGUAUUGUUGUCCGGAAUGUCAAAUGGCUUAUCCAGAUCGCAGUUUGAUUGAGCAACAUGUUAUUUCACAUGCUGUCGAACGACGAUUCGUUUGUGACAUUUGUAAUGCGGCAUUAAAACGUAAGGAUCACUUGACACGUCACAAACUAUCACAUAUACCGGAUAGGCCACAUGUUUGCAAUAUCUGCAUGAAAUCGUUUAAACGUAAAGAACAACUUACAUUACACAUUGUAAUACAUUCUGGUGAGAAGAAACAUGUCUGCAUUGAAUGUGGCAAAGGAUUCUAUCGAAAGGAUCAUCUACGCAAGCAUACACGUUCCCAUAUUGCUCGACGUGUCAAAUCUGAAGUUUCAGCACAAAAUGUGAACAAUGGCACUAACGCUGGCACCAACAAUACGCAGAAUAAUAUGUUGCAUGGUUCCUGAGGAACGUACAAGGACUUUUGGUAAAUUUUUAUAAAAGUUCAAAAAAGGUCCGACGUGAUUUGAUAUCAUAUUAACUUUUCUUUAUUGUUAAUAAAAGAGGAAGUGAUAUGAGUAUAUAACACGUUUCAACCUGAAAUUUUAUAAUGAUUUAUUGAAUGUCCUGC